AUGGCGCCUGGUCUCAUUUCCCCCCAACCGGCUGUGUCAAACGAUGCGACCAAGUCGCUGAACCAGGUCACGGCGGACUACGAUGAUACCCUCAGAUUCUAUCUGAAUGGCACCAAGGUGGUGUUGGACACCGCGGAUCCUGAGGUUACGCUGCUGGAAUACCUGAGGGGAAUUGGUUUGACGGGAACCAAGUUGGGAUGUGCGGAAGGAGGGUGUGGUGCUUGUACUGUGGUUGUAUCGCAGCUCAAUCCUACAACGAACAAGAUAUAUCACGCCUCAGUAAAUGCAUGCCUUGCACCACUCGUCAGCGUAGACGGUAAACACGUUAUAACUGUGGAGGGAAUUGGGAACGUAAAGCGACCACAUCCAGCACAAGAGAGGAUAGCAAAGGGCAAUGGCAGUCAGUGCGGGUUCUGCACACCAGGCAUCGUCAUGUCUCUGUAUGCUCUCCUUCGCAACAACGUUGGACCGAGCGAACUCGAGGUUGAGGAGGCGUUCGAUGGCAACCUCUGUCGGUGUACUGGAUAUAGACCGAUACUGGACGCGGCACAGAGCUUCAGUGUGAAGUCGGGCUGCGCAAAAGCAAAGGCCAACGGUGGAGGGGGAUGCUGUAUGGACAAGGACGGUGCGAACGGCGGAGGCUGCGGCGGCGGUAAGAGCCUUGACGAGGAUCAACCAAUCAAGCGAUUCACACCACCUGGGUUCAUCGAGUACAAGCCAGACACAGAGUUGAUAUUCCCUCCACAGCUACGGAAACACGAGUUCAAGCCGUUAGCAUUCGGCAACAAGAAGAAGAGGUGGUACAGGCCGACGACAUUGCAGCAAUUACUGGAGAUCAAGGAUGCAUAUCCGUCAGCAAAGCUCAUUGGUGGCUCGACCGAGACACAAAUUGAGAUCAAGUUCAAAGGCAUGAACUACAACGCCUCAGUGUUCGUCGGCGACAUUGCGGAACUACGGCAAUUCAAGCUCCAUGAUGAUCAUCUAGAGAUUGGCGGAAACGUUGUUCUCACUGAUUUGGAGGAGAUAUGCAAAGACGCUCUUGAGCAUUAUGGACCGAUACAAGGACAGCCAUUUGCAACUAUCCUCAAGCAGAUACGAUAUUUCGCGGGGCGCCAGAUUAGGAAUGUGGGUACACCAGCUGGUAACCUCGCAACAGCAAGCCCUAUCUCGGAUCUGAAUCCUGUGUUUGUUGCUACCAACGCGACGCUCAUAGCGAAGAGCCUCAAGGAGACGACUGAGAUCCCCAUGUCGACGUUCUUCAAGGGAUACAGGCAGACUGCUCUGCCUCCAGAUGCCAUCAUCGCCGGUUUGAAGAUCCCCGUUGCGAAAGAAAAGGGCGAAUACAUUCGUGCGUACAAGCAGGCCAAGAGGAAAGACGACGACAUUGCAAUUGUGAAUGCUGCUUUAAGGAUAUCACUGGACAAUGAGCAUACAGUCGAGAGUGUGGAUCUCGUGUACGGCGGCAUGGCACCUAUUACGAUCCAUGCGAAGAAAGCAGGGGAGUUUCUUCAAGGCAAGAAGUUCUCCGAGCUGUCGACGCUCGAGGGUGUCAUGGACAAGCUUGAAGAAGAUUUUGAUCUGCGCUUUGGUGUCCCGGGUGGUAUGGCGACAUACAGGAAGUCACUCGCGCUCGGCUUCUUUUACAAGUUCUACCAUGAGAUUCUGGCUGAGCUGCACGCUGAGGAAGUCGAGGUCGACGCCCAGGCAAUUGGCGAGAUUGAAAGAGAUAUCAGCAAGGGCAAGAAGGAUGACAAGGCUGCUGAGGCUUAUAUCCAGAAUGAGGUCGGACAAUCGAAGAACCACGUCGCGGCUAUGAAACAGUGUACUGGAGAAGCGCAGUAUACGGACGAUAUACCACUACAGCGGAACGAACUAUAUGGUUGCUUGGUACUCUCGACAAAAGCGCAUGCCAAGUUGCUCUCGGUCGAUGCUGAACCAGCACUGGACCUACCUGGCGUUGUUGCGUACGUCGAUCAUAACGAUCUGGCAUCUCCGGAAGCCAACUGGUGGGGCGCGCCGUCUUGUGAUGAGACAUUCUUCGCUCUCGACGAGGUCUUUACUGCUGGCCAGCCGAUCGGUAUGGUUCUGGCUGAUACAGCGAAACAUGCAGAGCAAGCUGCGCGAGCUGUCAAAAUUGAGUACGAAGACCUUCCGGCUAUAUUCACGAUUGAAGAAGCCAUUGAGAAGGAAAGCUACUUUAACCACUUCCGCUAUAUCCAGAAAGGAGACACGGAAAAGGCGUUCGCCGAGGCUGAUCACGUCUUCACUGGUGUUGCGCGCAUGGGCGGUCAAGAGCACUUCUACUUGGAGACUCAGGCAUGUCUAGCAGUGCCAAAGCCUGAGGACGGCGAGAUGGAAAUUUUCAGCAGUACACAGAACCCAGCAGAGACGCAAGCAUACGUAUCCAAGGUCGUCGGUGUCGCUGCCAACAAGAUUGUCACCCGUGUCAAGCGCAUGGGCGGUGGCUUUGGUGGUAAGGAAACACGUUCAGUCCAGCUUGCUGGUAUCGUGGCGUGUGCAGCGAACAAGGUUCGUCGACCUGUGCGCUGCAUGUUGAAUCGAGACGAAGACAUUAUGACAUCUGGACAACGACAUCCCUUCCUCGCUCGCUGGAAGGUCGCUGUAAACAAAGACGGUAAGCUUCAAGCCCUUGAUGCAGACGUCUUUUGCAACGGCGGUUGGAGCCAGGAUCUUUCUGGUGCAGUUGUCGAGCGGUCUCUGUCCCACAUUGACAACUGCUACUCAAUACCCAACAUCCACGUCCGCGGGCGUGUUGCGAAAACAAACACAGUCUCCAAUACCGCAUUCCGAGGUUUCGGUGGACCACAGGGUAUGUUCAUUGCCGAGACGUACAUGGAAGAGAUUGCAGACCAUCUCAACAUACCCGUGGAGAAGCUACGAGAGAUCAAUAUGUACUCUCCUGAAACCAACAUGACAACGCAUUUCAACCAGGAAAUCAAGGACUGGUACGUUCCCCUCAUGUACAAACAGGUCCAAGAGGAAUCAGCAUACGUACAACGACGCAAGGAUAUCGAGGAAUGGAACAAAACGCACAAGUGGAACAAACGUGGUCUCGCCAUUAUCCCCACAAAAUUCGGCAUCUCUUUCACCGCACUCUUCCUGAACCAAGCCGGCGCGCUUGUCCACAUCUACCACGACGGCAGUAUCCUCGUCGCCCACGGUGGAACAGAAAUGGGCCAGGGCCUCCACACAAAGAUGACGCAAAUCGCCGCCGAGACCCUCGGCGUCCCCCUCUCCGACGUCUUCAUCAGCGAAACAGCGACAAAUACCGUGGCAAACAGCUCCUCAACCGCCGCCUCGGCCUCGUCCGAUCUCAACGGCUACGCCAUUCUCAACGCGUGUUUGGAACUAAACGAGCGCCUUGCUCCUUUCAAGGAGAAGUUGGGCAAAGAUGCUACGAUGAAGGAUCUGGCUCAUGCUGCGUACUUUGCUCGUGUCAAUUUGUCUGCGCAAGGAUUCUACAAAACACCUGAUAUCGGAUACGUCUGGGGCGAAAACACGGGCCAGAUGUUCUUCUACUUUACACAGGGUGUUGCGGCUGCCGAGGUGGAGAUUGAUACGCUGACUGGUGACUGGACGACACGGCGUGCGGAUAUCAAAAUGGAUGUUGGGAGGAGUAUUAAUCCUGCUAUUGACUAUGGGCAGAUUGAGGGAGCGUUUGUGCAAGGUCAGGGACUGUUUACUACGGAGGAGUCGCUGUGGUUGAGGGGCACGGGUGGGGUGGCUACAAAGGGGCCGGGUAACUAUAAGAUUCCUGGUUUCAGGGAUAUUCCGCAGGAGUUCAAUGUGAGUUUGUUGAAGGAUGUGAAUUGGGAGAAUCUGAGGACUAUUCAGAGGAGUAGGGGUGUUGGCGAGCCACCACUCUUUAUGGGAAGCGCUGUGUUCUUCGCCAUUCGCGAUGCGUUGAAAGCGGCGCGCGCACAAUUUGGCGAAACAUCGAUUUUGCAUCUUACUAGUCCGGCGACAGUCGAGCGCAUCAGGGUCAGCUGUGCGGAUCCGAUUCUUAAGAGGGCCUGGGUGGAGCCCAAGGAAGGGGAGAAGAGUUUCUUUAUCAGUAUAUAG